AAAAAAAAAAAAAAAAGGAGAGGAAAAAAAAAAAAACCCGACCCGAAGCCCUGACAGCGCUGGCGGAGGAGCCUCCAAAAUCGGAGAUCGGGCUACUUUUUUUUUUUUUUUUUUCCACCCGUCGCCUUUUUUUUUUUUUUUUUUUUUUUCUGUUAUUAUUGUAAUUUUGUGCGAAAGGAAGUUGUGAACAACUGCAAGUCAGGAAGUGGAAAUCCACACCGGUUGUGACAAGCUGGGGCUAAAAACUAUUUCAUUAUUUAUAUAGAUGUGUCUAUCAACAUUCUGCUUUUCAUCCAAAGAAUAAAGGGAAAUACCGGCCAGCCCUAUGUCUGACGGGGAAUGACAGACCGCAUCUGAGAAAAGGAAGGACUAAAUAUACCAUCUAAGAACAACAGCGUUAUUUAUUGAACUCAAGAGACUUUUCUUUUUUCUUUUUUAACCCAAAGACUGUUUGAGUGAAAGAUUUAAAAGGGUCAUUAAAAGGGAAAAAAAAAUAUUAAAGGCCCUUUUGCUUCUGAAGUGCAGCUAACCUCAAAAUCGGAGCAGUGCUUGUAAGACAGAUACUCAAAUUAAGGCUUUACAUGAUGAAUUUUCUAUCCUAUGGAUAUCGGUUCUGAGAUUACAAACCAAGAAGAUCUGUAAUUGAUCUAGCACCAGAUAAUUUCAAUGCCUAAUAUUCCCCAGGAUUGCUGGAGUACCCUAGGAGCUGCGUUGGACUGUAUUCAGGGUAUGCCAUGGGCUGUAUUCAGAGUAUUAGCUGCAAAUCCAAAGUUUUCCGGGAAAGUAUUUCAGUGAUUGAAGUCAAAGCCUCCAUCGAUCCCAUUCCCACCAGCAUCGACGAGUCCUCCAGCGUGGUCCUGCGCUACCGGACCCCUCACUUCCGAGCCUCUGCGCAAGUGUUGGUGCCCCCCAUCCCCAAGAAGGAGACCUGGAUCGUGGGCUGGAUCCAGGCGUGCAGCCACAUGGAAUUUUACAAUCACUAUGGGGAACAGGGCAUGUCAAGUUGGGAGCUUCCAGACCUACUGGACGGUAAAAUCCAGGCCAUCAGCGACUCAGACGGAGUGAACUAUCCCUGGUAUGGGAACACGACGGAAACCUGCACCAUCGUGGGGCCCACGAAGAAGGAGUCCAAGUUCAACAUCAGCAUGAACGACAACUUCUACCCGAGCGUGACGUGGGCCGUGCCCGUCAGCGAGAGCAACGUGGCCAAGCUCACGAGCAUUCAUCGGGAUCAAAGCUUCACCACCUGGCUGGUUGCCACCAACACAGCCACCAACGAGAUGGUGACCUUGCAGACUAUCAAAUGGCGCAUGAGGCUGGGCAUAGAGGUAAACCCCAGCAGACCCCUGGGGCAGCGUGCCAAGCUGCAGGAGCCCUCUGCUCAAGAGCAGCCCCAGGUCCUUAGCAAGAAUGAGCCAAUACCACCCAGUGCCCUUGUCAAACCCAAUGCCAAUGAUGCUCAGGUACUCAUGUGGAGGCCAAAGGAUGGACCACCGCUUGUGGUGAUACCUCCGAAACACCGAUAAUAAAAACCUGGCGUCCCGGCACCAGAAGGGAGAAAAAACAAACACAGAAACAAAGCAAAACAAUCACUUAGGUAUUAGAAUAAUAACACGUGUAAUCUGAGCAAAAUCAAAAUGCACUUUUUAGUCAUUCAACAAAUGCAACCAUUCUACCUUCUCCCAUUGGGACGGAUUUCACUGUGCUAAAGCUAAAGAGGAGACCUUUGACUGGGGUCUGUCUCAUCACUGGAUUCCUAAGGGAAGAAACUAACACUGAUGUCUAUCCGUAGAGCUUUCUUUUUUUCUUCCCUACUUUAGUUACUGUUUGAACUUCAGUCUCAUUAGCUUGUCCAGACUGCCCAGAACAAUAAGAACAUUUUAUUUGGGAUUUUAAGAGUCUUUUUUUUUUUAUUAUUUUUGGUUGAGAACUAAACAAGUUCCUGGAGCAAAAAGUUGACUAUUUAAGAUAGGGAUUAUUAUUAUUUUUUUUUAAGCUGUAAGGUUCUGAGUUGCAAAUCCAAGUCAUGCGGCCUUAUGUAGACUUUGCUUUGCAUUGCCAAACUUUUGCCUUAAAGCUAUGUUUGAAAAAACAAACAAAAAUAUCACCAGGCAGAAUGUCCUUUCUACAAAAUUUCUGGGGAAAAAGUUUUGGAGCAAGGAAUAGAUUGUCAGCGUGUGACAGGCUGAUGAAAAGGGCACAAAGCGUGAUCAAAAGAGAAAUAAAUCUUCCUGGUUUUAAAACAAGGAACAAGGAAGCAUGGAAGUAAUCCCAGUUUCAAAGCAAUGCAAAUAAACCUGCUGUAGAAUGGCUUUUGAGUGGGAGCUGCUAGGCCAUCUCCUGCUUCGCAGAAGGGAUAGGGAGCAAGCUUGCACCGCUUGCGCUUUCUGUUCCCAGUCUCCCAUCGGCAUUACAACAUGGGAUAAUCUCACAGGCAAGGCCCACAGCUGGAAUCGUGGCCACAGGGGGAGUGAGGGAUGCUCAGCACAGCUAGCCCACGGGCCCGCUGCUGCCCGGCUCAUUGCAGGCGGUGGUGGGGUGAGGUGCUGUGGCCCCGUAUUCCCGUGAAAUCCAAAAAACGGUGCUGUAAGAAGAGCUGGUUGUAAAAGGGCUCCUUCUGGAGCCAUUGGGGAGAUGCAUGGGUGUAAGCAAGGGCAGAUCUUAUUGACCAGGUCUACCCGGCAUAGCCAGAAUUCAGGAACAGCCAUGUCUGAAACCAACAGGCACCUAUUUCCUAUUCCUAGCAAACACUACAGGCAAACCUAUGAAAAACUCUUCUUCCUACCAGUACAAACCAUGCUGGGGUUAGUAGAUCUUUCUCUUCCAGAUGACCUCACGAUCUACACGAAUUUCAGGAAUGGGGCACAGGCAGGACUGCUGGUGGGACCGUACCCGCUGGUUGUGGCACAGGGGUCUGUGUAGUGAAGGAGAAGGCUGGUGCAAGCAGGGAAAGAGCUGAGCGUGGGGUGUAGAUCCUCCAGGAAAUACAGUGCAUUUGGAGCAGGAGUCAGGACCGGUAGGUUUUAAUAACUACCGUGUCCAGGUGACUUCAGAGAUAACCAGAAGCACUUCUUAGGAAGGAUAUGAGGGGAGGCAGCUGGCAGGGGACAGGCACAGCACAUGGGCAGAGGAAUUCCACUUCCCUCUACAGCUCUUUCCACUAAGAUAACAUUUCUUCCUCCUAGUGACAAAACGCCUCAGGAGCUAGGACUGAGGAGACCUCAGCGCGCCAGAUCAGGGCCUGGCCCGGCCUAGCCAGACAGAGCUCCUGAGAAGCCUCCCCUUGGAGAGGCACCAAUUAGCUGCUAUUGCUACCUUCAUUUUCCACACAGGACAUUACCAACAAGAAAUUCUCCCUCCUUGCUUCUCCAAAGCCAUAUCAUCUACUUGGGCAACAGGUUCAAUAUCUCCCCUGCCUGGGGAAAGUGUGCCCAGAAGAUCUGUCUCCCCCCACGGCAGUCGCAGACAAGGAUACGGGGUCCCCGCAACUUACCCCAUGCCCAGGGCAGGCCACCCUCCUCCUCGUACCACUUCCAGAGAUGCUCAGCUGCUGAGCUGCCUUCUCCCCCUUCAAUGGGGAGAUCUUCAUGGUAGGAAGUCCAGCAACACAAGCAGCUUGCAGACUAAUGGACUGGAUCAAACCCAAAUCCACAAGCCAAAGGUUGCCUAAAUCUAGGCUUUGGGACUAUAGAGGAUGAGGCUAGGGAGGAUUUGACUUGCACAGUCUCUAUUAAACUCAAUUUUCUUACACGGAUUCAAAUCCUAACUACAGCUCCACUGGCACAGCCCUUUGGGACUUGUCUGUAUUUUCUCCUAGGCAAUACACGCAUAAGAGGACAAAACGGGAGCUGUGGGGGAAUAGCUGAUAACACUUGCACACAUCUUGGCUACUGCUUAGAUGCACUCUGGGCAGUCUUGUGGGUGGGAGUAGAAGGGGUAUUUAUGUCUGGUAUUCACUUUGUCUCCAGGUGCUGAGUACUUACAGUUCUCACUGAUGUCAGCAUGGGUCGAAAAAAGCAGACCCGGUUGUCUUAAUUAGCUGCACAAAGGAAUUCCAAGGAAAGAUUUCUUCUCAGUCACCAAAAAUCACAUUCAGGGAACACCUACGUCCUUUUCCACUUCGCUUUGUGUUGGACUCAGUCUCUCCCAGUGCGUUAAGUAAAUCUGGUUCCUCCUCCUCCUCCCUCUACCUGGUGAACUGGAUGCAUCCAUGCAAUUUGAUGCUAACCUCCUGGCUAGUUUGUCCUGUUGCACUGAAUAGACCCAGCUGAGUAGUAAACAUAAAACUCAAAUUUCACGUCGGGGUCAGCUUUGCAUGGACUUCUCCCCUCCCAAAGAAUGCCUUUAUCCCGUGCCUAGUUUGAAACGUGCCCCCACCUCCAUUCACACCACCAGAUGCAGCACAGGAAAGGGAUGCUGCCUCUCGAGAUUUCAUGCUUUGUGAUUAAAAGUGAUGUUUUUCCAAUGCUGCUUCAUUGCAAAACUGACGAGGACAGAUCGUUUGAAUACAAAAGGAAUGGUGGCUGGAAGUGACAGGUGCUGUAGACACCACUGCUCGUGGGGCUGGUUAGGAUGGGGACCCAGGGCAUCCUGCACCGAGCGGCUGCAGUCGGCAGAGGUAAAGCGAGCUCCUGCUCGGGCAGCUUUGUGCAGCCAAGCUGGGGUGCGUGGGGAUGCCCUGGGGGGGUGAUGGAGCACCACCACGGGGCACCGUGCACCUGAGACUGCCCUUGCCCAGCAGGGCCGGCAGCAUCACCGCUCCCACCUGUGGUACCCAGCGCUGCUCCUGCUCUUCCCACCUUCCUGCUCCUGGCACCCAGACGGGGGCAGGAGCCCAGCAAACCAAGGUACCAAGCAGUGGUGGGGAGGGUUAGACCCAUCCAGCCAGUGCAGCAGAGAGCGAGGCCGGCCCCGGCAGCACCCCAGGGCUGCCCAAGCACCGCGUCCUCCCGGCCAUCCUUGCCCUGGUUCGCGGCGCAGCAAUAAGAAUCGUCCUUGGUCUUGUAGAGAUACUGUGAAAACAAAACCACGAUGUACCAAGUCUGGACACUUACGGCGAUGUAAAAACAAAACCCUGCUUUUAUAACAGAAAGAAAAAAAAAUAAAGUGAAAUUUUCAAA